GGCUCUCAGCAUCCGUUGUAGCGAACCGACUCCAUCCUGGUGAAGGCGGCUGGAGCACCCUCCCAUGCGGCCCGCGGCCGCGGCCGCUGAGCUGCUGGGGACGGGUGUGGUGGCUUUCACAGUGGGCUGCAAUGUCUCAGCCCCCAAUGCACCCAUCGAAUGGCAGAUUGCAUCCAUUGCCUGCUCCCUACUGGCGAUGAUGUCAGCCUUCGGGUCCAUCUCGGGCGGCCACCUCAACCCUGCGGUGUCGCUGUCCAUGCUUUGUCUUGGCAAGAUACAGUUGGCAGAUGCCGCAGCCUAUCUGAUCCUACAGGUGGCUGGGGCCAUUCUAGGAAUGCUUUUCGCCAGCAGUAUCUUCCAGGUGAGCCCGCCUCCGGUGUCCAGCGCUAGCCUUCAUGGGGCGGAUCUGGUGGUGGAAGGAAUCUUCGUGCUGAUGUUGAAUUUCGUUAUCCUUUGCGUGACGGGCAGACGAAACCAUCCAGAGAGUGAGCCGAAUCAGUUCUAUAGUGUGGCGGCGAGCGCUGCGCUGGCUGCGGGCCUGGGGUCAACCCAGUUGAAGGGUGGGGUCCUCAAUCCCGCCCUCACCAUCGCCUUGAGACUCGCGGGCUUUGGAGGCUUCGAGGCUGGCGUGGUGGGGUUGGUCAUUGCCCAGCUGGUGGCCGCUCUGUUGGCGGCGGGGCUGGUUCAGCUCUUGAGACCCGAAGAGCAGCUCAGCACUGAGAGCUUUCAGAACUACAUUCCCAAGUUCGGGACCAGGUUGGGCUCAGAAUUGAUCGGAACCACCUUCCUGAUCUUGACCAUCGGUUUGAGUCUCCAGGAUCAGCGACGCUGGUGGGCGCCAGCGUGCGCACUCGUGGGCUUGGUUUACGCACUGGGCGACCUGAGUGGAGGACACUUCAACCCUGCAGUGACCACGGCUGUGGUCUUGUCGCGCACGCGGAUGCUGACCACCAGCGACUUGCUGGGCUUUUGGGCCUCACAGGUGCUCGGCUCAGUGCUGGCGACCCUCGCUUUGAUGGCUUUGGUGCCGCACUUCCAGUGGGACCUCAGCCCCCAGGCACCUUUCCAAGCCGGUGCGGCAUACAUCAUGGAGUUCACCUUCUGCAUCGUGCUCUGCCUGGCAGUUCUUUCGGCCUCCUGCAUCAAGGGCAUUGCGAGCGACUUCAGCAGGAACUUCUACUUCGGCUUGGCCGUAGGUGUGGCCCUGCUGGCAGGUAGCCUGAGCUGUGGCAGAAUAUCUGGUGCAUGUUUGAACCCGGCGGUCGCGCUGAUCGUUGUGGUGAGCUCCGUCCUCCACAGUGAUACCUCGGCAGCCUUCUAUGCCUCCAACUACUGCCUGGCGCAGCUCUUCGCCGGGGUGACCUCUGCCGUCCUUUUUCGCUCCACCCAUGCCAAAGAGUAUGCGUCUAAGAGCAGGACAGCAAGGUUGCCCUUCCAAAUGGCCUGAGUCUGUUUGACCGAAGCGGGACCCACCGACUUCUUGCGCGAAGAACCCCGCUGUGGGCGGUCGCAGCAAAGAUGCGAAGA